AUGAAUUCUUUUAGCUUCAAUCUUUUUCAUCAUAACUCAAAACUAUCUCCAUUUUAUGACCAAUCUAAAACUGAGUCAAAGCAUUCGAAGGAAGCUUUUAUUCAUUCCCUCACUCGCCUCAAUCGUUUCAAUUCAUCUAAGUUAAUUGAUGCAAAGUAUGUAGAGUCUGAAUUAACUAUCGAUGACUAUUUCAUGAACAUCUAUAUAAGUGAGUCAAAUGAACGACUUGUUAUCCCAAGCAUGUCAAGUGGCCUUACUUGGAUACAAUGUGACUCUUGUUCUUCCAACUGUGAGAGUCAACAUCAAUCACUUUAUAGUCCAAAAUUGUCAAAUACCUAUAACGAAAUUUUGUUCGACUCAAAAGAGUGUAAAAAACUAGUACGUACUAAGCAUGGGGAUUCAAAUGAGUGUCCAUAUCAAAAAUACCAUUCUGGCUACAAUAAAUUCUCCUCUAGAGUGCUGGGCACCGAGACCUUCUACUUGGAAUCUCUAGGUAUACAUGAUGAAAGCUUCUCUGAUAUAGUAUUUGGAUGCGAUGAAGUACAUGAAGGGGAUUUUAAAGAUGGUGUUCAAGGUGUUGUUGGCCUUGGACAAGGGCCAUUUUCGUUGGUUUUUCAAGUGAGAAACAAAAUUGGGAAGAAUGCCAAUAAAUUCUCCUACUGCUUGUUUGAGAAAUCAUUAGAUUUUCCUAGUAAGAUUAAACUCGGAUCAGUUUUAACUCUCUACAACCAAGAGAAAAAAAAUAUCAAGUUAAAUUUUAGCCCUCUCCUACUCAAAAUGGACAGCUUGGAGCACCAUGUUCGUGACGUUAGGGAAUAUAUCGAUCAUGAUCGAAUACGGGACCGAAUCUCGCUUUCAACACUUGGAGACUUCACUGCAGGCUAUCUUGGGUUUCAUGGAGCAUUCCCAACACACUAG